AUGUUUCCCAGGCUCCCAGAAGAGCUCAACGAGCUGAUCGUGUCGUUCCUGGACCUCGACGACCGAAAAACACUGGCAGCAGUGCUUCACAUCCGUGAGAGUCAACGGUUUCUUACAUGGCAGAAAUUGCUUGACGGGAUCAUUAAGGAAGCCGUCGAGGCAGAAGAGACAAGUGCUACGGCGCCCAGUUUUAUUGGCUUAGCGAAGAUCCACACAGUCAUGCUCAACGACCAUGCUGCACCGCUGCCUGAUGUGAGAGACUUACACCUGAGCAUUCGAUGGUCGUCGCGUCACAACAACUAUUGGAGGACUGAUUGGAGGCGCAUUGGUCGUGCUCUGACCACGCUCACACUGGAAUUGGAGCAUCUCGAGUUCACUCAUCCCAUUGACGAAGAUUUCGGCGUUGAACAGCGGGAGUCGCAAGGACUUGCCCCUAGUGGUGACCUCGAUGCAACUCUUGCACCGCUCGGCUCUCUGAAACCGCUCAAGUCCCUGCGGACUUUGACAUUGUCCACGAUUGCACUCUUCGGCCAACACCAGGCUGAAGAUUGGCCCAAGCUGGAGACAUUGCUGCCGGAGACGAUCGAAAAACUCGAAUGCAACGACCGGGUUAUCGCAGUGGAUCCAUUCAUCUCGCGGCUUCAGAAAUUCGUAAUCUAUAAUUGUCAAAGAAAUCGCUGGAUCUCGAAAGAAGGUGAAGGUGCCUUACCUCCGAAGCCGCCCAGGGGAACACGGUACGUGUGGCGCUUCGAGGAAGCAAUGCUGAGGGAGAUUAUCGCGCUCCCACCAGGACAACGUGAGAUGGGGAUGGAGCGAUUACUGGAGAUGACUAGUGAUCACCACGGUCCUGUAGUGGCGGCACACCUGGCGCAGGUGUUGGACCGCAUGAUCGCCGAGUGA